CUUCUUUAUAAAUCAAACCCUCUUCCUACCUCUCUCCAUCCUCCAUCUUCUUCCUUCAAACACUUCUUCAUCUCCUCAUUAUCUCUCAUUCUUAAGCUUUCCCAACAACAAAAAUGGCGAAAGUGGUGCUCAAAGUGGAAAUGAGCGAUUCAAAGACAAAGAAGAAGGUUUUGAGUGCGGUUUCUGGGCUUUCAGGCAUUGUGUCGAUGGCAACCGACACGAAGGAGAACAAAAUUACCGUGAUUGGAACCACCGACCCGAUUGAGAUUGUUAAGAAAGUAAGAAAGAUUUGGCCCUCCGCUUACAUUAUCAGCGUUGGCCCAGAGAAAGAAGAACCGAAGAAAGUAGAGCCAAAGAAACAAGUUCCGCCGACACCCAAAAUCGAGCAGAUUGAUUGGGCUAAGGCUUGCAUAGCCUUACAGUCUUGCCCCACGCCUCAUUACUAUUAUUCAUGUGAAGAACAAUACAAUCCAAAUGCUUGUGUUAUCUCUUGAAUCCAAGGAUUGUUUUCGACUUUUUUUUAAAUAUUUUACGAAGAAAUAUACGAGAUUUCAUAUUCGUGAUAAAUGUGAUUGUUCUUCAGUUUUAUGUUAAUAUUCACGUGGUGGUAUGAUAUUGGUUUA